AUGUCUGCUGAGAACUUCCUUUCGCCUAAUGGCGACAACCUAACGCUCGCUUCACCAAUGACCAACGGCAACCUCAAAACCAAAGGCAUUGUCGUAUUCUCAGGCGGUAGCGCUGCAAACAAUCUAGUCGAUGUGUUCAAGAAAGUUAGGGAAGACAAGAAAUGCCCGCUGAGCUAUGUUAUCCCUAUUAGUGAUAAUGGCGGAAGCUCGUCCGAGCUGAUACGCGUUUUCGGAGGGCCAGGUAUCGGUGAUGUGCGAAGUCGUCUUGUGCGCCUGAUUCCGGAUGACCCCGAUCACGACGAUAGCGAGAAAGCAGCUAUCAAGACCUUCUUCAACCAUAGAUUGCCCAAGGAACGUUCCUCGGCUCGAGAAGAAUGGCUACAAAUCAUAGAGGCUGAACAUGCGCUUUGGACAAAUAUCUCAACGGCAAAGAAAGAGCUAGUACGAUCAAUACUGAACGUUGUGGCGUAUGAGAUAGUCAAGCGCCGUCGACCAUCAUCCAGUUUUGACUUCUCGGGUGCAAGUAUUGGCAAUUUGUUUCUGACAGGUGCCCGUCUCUUCACUGGAUCAUUCGAGUCUGCCAUCUACCUACUCUCAAGCAUCUGUUCCGUACCCAGCCACACCUCAGUCCUCCCUGCGAUCAACACCAACUUCACCCACCACAUCUCCGUCAGCCUCGCAAACGGCGACACCAUCACCGGCCAGAAUUCUAUUUCUCACCCCUCCAUCUCAACAGCCCUAGUACCCGGCUCAGACACCCCAACAAUCGACGAAACAGAACAGCACGACCGAAUCGAAGAUGCCAACCUACCCGGUUCCUUACCGACCCUCCGAAAACAGUACAUCACCUUCUCCAAAGCCGAUGAAGAGGAACUACCAGCAAGAAUAGAACGGCUGUGGUACAUCAAUCCCUACGGUCAGGAGAUCCGUCUUUCCGCUAAUCCGACGGUGCUGAAUGCUUUGAAUGACGCACAAGCUGUGAUAUACAGUAUCGGCUCACUGUACACAUCCAUCAUCCCCUCACUAGUCCUCAAAGGUAUCGGCGAAGCCAUCUCCAAGCCUGCGAUCCGCUACAAAAUCUUGAUUCUAAACUCGACCAUCGAUCGUGAAACCGGGCCGUCGUCAACCCCCUACUCCGCCCUUGACUUCAUAGCCGCCAUCGCAAAGGCAUGUGAGGAGUCGAAGAAUGUAUUUGGACCUCUUGAUAAGGCCGAGUGCCUCGGUGCAUACGAGAGCCAGUGGAACGACGGUUUUGAAGAGCCAGCGGAGGGAGUCGAGAACCUAGAAGAUGCCUGGGACUACUUCAUGAUCAAAACACCAGACGGCAGUCCGCUGCUCGUCCGCAAUGUAGUGGCCCAGUUACAUGCAUGGGCCGCUAAUCCUUUUAUCGGAAAUAAAAUCCGCCAAUCGAUGGCGUGUAUGUAUAAUGUUAUGAUCGAGCGUGGUGAAGAUGGAUAUUGUGUGGAAAGCAUUGGUACAGAAGAUGAUGUCGAUGAGGUGCCAGAGCAUACGAAGAUAUUCUUUGAAAGGUUCGAGGAAUGGGGUUCGAGGACUGGUGUUCCUGUUGUUGCUGUGGAUUUCUGGGUGGAAGGCAUCAGUCCUUCGCCUCUUGGAAUGGAUUGGCAUUCAGUGAUCGACUACCUGGAGACGGUGAUCAUUUACUUUGUCGGGCCACCACCUCAGCGCCCGGUUGACGAAUACACGAUGCCGCCUAACAACGUCUACGGAAUACCCACGCCAAUCGAAGCAAGCACAGCGCCGGAUGAUACAGAAACUUGGUACUGUGAGUUCUGGGAGAAGGCUUACGCGGUCCUUCAUAAGAAUGAGAAUAGUAUCAUCAUCUACGAGCCCAAAGACAGAUCAGAUAUACCGGAUCCAAGGGCUAGACCAGAAUGGGCGAGCAAACGGCUGCGAAAAGCGUAUGAGCUUCUUGGAGAAGACCACCCGAGGAUCGUUCGGUGUAUUAGCCUUCUGAAUAGCGAGGCCGGUAACGGGGUAAUCGUUGAGAGACUUGAUCCAGGACCACACUGGGGUGAUCUUCCUGUCAUGACCGUGCCUUUCCCAGAAACGCCUUCGAGAGAAGACCGAAUCAUGUUGGCCUUAUACUAUCGUUGGGCUUUGCAAACACUAUCCGCCCUUAGCCACCUCAACUCCCGCUCUGUAUACUUGACGUUCUUUUCAUCGAGUAAUGUAUGGUUGCGUACCGACUAUUCACUGGCCAUUACUGGUUUCAUUAGCGUUGAAGGCCCCGAGCUCUUCGCUGAUAUGCUGAGAGACGCUCAGAAAGAGUCGAAGCGAGACGAGAGACGGGAGCGAAACUACCAGGCAUGGGUUGCUGGCAGCACCCGAGAGCCAGAGCCCUCGGAUGAAGGCAGUGACGAUGAUAGUGAAGAGACUCCAGAGGAAGCCCUCUAUUACUGGAGUGAAGGAGAAUGGGCGGGAGAUGGCAGUGUGUUUUACGAUGAUUGUUUCAACACCGCAUUUCCUCGGGAGGGUGGAUAUCAUCAGGAACCUCUUCUGAUGACAAGGUUUUACUGGGCUAAAUUUGUCUGGGAACUUAUGACCAACUCCUUCACAGCAGAAGCGCCCUGGAAACAGGGGAUAGAAUGGGGUCCGUUCUCCCCGCUUGAAGGUGGCCCACCGGAAGAAGCGGCAGAUUGGCGCGACCAGCUCCAAGUGUUGGAAGAAGCUAGGCUCGGGAGUGUCUUGCUCAAGGCCUGGAAGGGCGAGUACGAAAGUGCGGAGCAGGUCGCCGAAGAUAUUCGGACGAUUGCCGAGGAAGUAGGCAUCAAGAUCGUCAGUAGUGAGGUGGAAGUUGACAAUGAUUGGAUGAAGGUAUUCAAGGAUGAGGUCGAUAUUGGCGAGUCUUGGGAAGAUGUUUUCGAACUGUGUGAAGCGGAAAAGAAGUGGGGAGCUCGCACUAUCAGAUUCAAGUGA